GGGAGGGAGAGAGGAAAGAGAAAGGGAACUCUAGCGCGUGCAUGUGUGCGUGCGCGCGCGCGGGUGAGCAAUUCCUUCGUGAAUUCUUCUUUUCCCUCGCUGGUGUUGUAUCACCGGCGAGUAAAACGAGAGGCUGAGGACGCGCUGACGGACGUACGGACGUACGUCGCGUGUACGAUAUGUCGGAGCACCACCGCGUGGCCGGUGGCUGGGGGACUGCGAGCCCGGGUAAUCGAGAGGAUGCCUCUGGCGGUGCCGCCUGGUGGCCCUCCGGUCUGAACACUGUCCAGACCGAUCAACAGCAGCAGCAGCAACAACAACAGCAACAACAGCAACAAAAUCUGCAUCAACAUCUUAUGAACCAGCAGCAACAGCAACAACAGCAACAGCAGCAGCAACAGCUCGCCCAACAGCAACAGUCGCAGCACCAUCCGGACAACGUCCGAAGUACCGCCGCUGCGGUGAACCAACAGCUUUUCUCCUACAAAAUGGCCUCCAGCUUCCAGAAUCCGGCCACCACCGGCGCGGUAUCGAGUCCAGUGUCGACGUCCACGCCAGUCGGCGGCGCCGCCGCGUGCAUGAGGGGUGGAUACGAUUAUAGGCUUGGUGCGGCGCCGGGUCCUGGACAAGGCGCCGCCGGCGGCGGCGGC